AUGUCCUCUCCUCAGACUCUGAGAGUUUUAACAUCUAGUGGUGGGCUUCCAAUAUGGAUGAUGCUUAUACAUCUUUACAUAAGCUAUGGUAGGUUGAAUAUGUUAAUAGUAUUUGUAUAUCUUUUUAAGUCUAACACAAUAUAAUUACUGCUAAUCUAUUCUAAAGCAUUGCAAAUCUUUAAUUUCAGUUGUUGCAGAGGACAUCACCAGAGUGGUUGGACGCAUAGGCGACUCUAUAUUCCUUCACCCUGAAAUUGACUUACAAGCCAAGAUCCCUGACAUGACAUGGAAACAUGCAAAUAUGUAUAUAGCUAAAAAGGGCAAAUUAACUAAUUUAAUGGAUAGGUGUAAGUUAUUUCUAAAUGGUUCACUGAAGUUUUAUGAAGGACUGAAAACAGACAGUGGAUAUUACACAGUGGAACUAUUUAAUGAUGAUGGAGAACUUAUAUCCAAGCGGCACAUUGAGCUAAGUAUUCUAGGUGAGUAGUUUGCAAUUGUUGCAUAUUUGACAUAAUCUGCUCUAUAAUCUACAUUGAAAUUUUUUUCGAUUUGACAUAGAAGUUUUAGCAUGAGUGUACCUGUCUAUGAUGAUUUAAGUGAAUGAUUUUGAUCAGUUUACAUUUUUUUUACAGGCGGAGGUACAGUAACUUUCUCAUGCACUUUCUGCAUAAUAUUGAUCCAGAACGACUCUCCGUAAAGUAGACCUGCCCAAUACUUGUCCGGGUAGCACAGUAUGUAUUGAGACAAGCUUUAUGGGCUCAAAUAUCAAUAAGGGGAUAGGGUACAGAACAAAGUACCUUGUAAUAUUCAUGAGUGCCUUCAGAAAGUAUUCAUGCCCCUUGACUCAUUCCACAUUUUGUUGUGUUACAGUCUGAAUUCAACAUUUAUAAAUACUUUUUUUCUUCUCACCCAUCUACACACCCCAUAAUGACAAUGUGAAAACAUGUUUUUAGAAAUGUUGGCUAAUUUAUUGAAAAUGAAAUACAGAAAUAUCUCAUUUACAUAGGUAUUCACACCCCUGAGAAGCACCAAUCAUGUUAAACACUAUUAUUGCACACAGUGAGUCCAUGCAACUUAUAAUGUGACUUAUUAAGCACAUUUUUAGUCCUGAACUUAUUUAUGCUUGCCAUAUCAAAUGGGUUGAAUACUUAUUGACAUUUUAGCUUUUCAUUUUUAAUUAAUUUUUACAAAUGUUAAAAAAACGUAAUUCCACUUUGACAUUAUGGGGUAUUGUGUGUAGGCCAGUGACCAAAAAAAACUCAAUUGUAUCCAUUUUAAAUUCAGGCUGUAACACAAUAAAAUGUGAAAAAGUCAAGGGGUGUGAAUACUUUCUGAAGGCACUGUACGUACAAAUCAACUGUGGCAUUUGUUUUAGAAAGAGGUCACAUUUCAACUGUAGCUGCAUUUGGACUCUUUGCACUUGCACUGAUGACACUGGCUGUCGCCAUUCUGAAUUUGAAAAAGAGGUGUCAGGUUACAAAGAAAAAAGGUACAAUUAAUCUCAUCAAACGUUUGUAUUUUUGUUGCAAAACUAUGGAACGUUCACAUUAAACAUUCUAUUUCCCAAACUGCACUGAUGUGUUUUUAGAUGUGGAGGAUAACAACUAUGUUGAGAUGCACAAGUAUUUACGGCCGCAGGAGGAGACCAAGACCAACCCAGACCAAGACACCUCCCAAUAU